CGAAAAAUAAUUCUUACAUUUGCAUGUGUUACAUUUAUAUUUAUGUGUACAAACUGCCGCGAAUGCCUUGAAGAGCGCGAAAGUGGUCGACUGUAUCGAUUAAACAACUGGUAGCUAUCGGUGCCCAUGGCGCUCUUGUUUUCAGUGAUCAGUCACGUCAAUUCAAGCUAGAAUUUACGUUCCAUGUUUUCAUAGAUUCUGAUAUAGAGUGUAGAGAAUUGCAAAACUAUUCGCAAUCAUGAAUACGUUAAAAUCCGAUAACAACGCGUUGGAAGAUCCACACGGUCUCUCGCUCGGUUCUUUAACGGAGAAUAAAAAUCAAGCUUCUACUAGCAUUAGCUAUACUUCUUCUGAAUCCGAGCACAAGGAUUAUUCAGCAGAGUUCAAAGUUCCAGACUCUAAGGAAAAUCCUAUCGCAAAGACGCAAUUCAAAGUGGAAAAUUGUGAAAAUUUAUGCGGAAGUGUAAAAAUAGAAGCAACAAACGACGUCAAUGAAGACAAUGCUCCAACAGUUUCUUUAAAUUAUGAUCAAAUGUUCGAUUUGAAUCAUCUAUCUUAUUUUAAUUCCAGUAUAGCAAAUGAUGUCAUUUCCAUGUGUAAGGAUUUCGAAUACAACAAUGAAAUAAUCUGCGGAGAGGAUUCCGAAGACAGUGAGAAGACAAUUCAGGAGGAGUUUCUGGCAGAUGAUCAAUGCACGGAUCUUUUAAACGAUUUAAUUAAAUUGCAAGGAAAAGUACAUGAGAUGAAGCAUGACAAAGAAAAACCUGCUGAUUCCAAGACUUUGUUGAGUAGUGUAAAUGUAGAAGAUAAUAAUGACAAGAUUGCGCGACUAGUCAUUGAUAGCCAUAUUGACGAGAAUAGCGAUAAUACUACAUGUAAAAAUAUCGAAAAAGACAUAAAAGAUGAAGAAGAAGAGCUUGAACAAGAACUUGCAUUGUGUAUCGAUAUCAAAAAUCCUUAUCAAGCAAAAUUAAAUAUAAAAAAUACAACCAUUUCAAUAGUAGAAUCUAGUGAUUGUUAUAUAAAUAAAAACAAAAAUUAUUUUAAAAAUGACAUUGAUCUUUUAAAAUAUACCGAAGAGAAUCCAGAGUAUACAUUGAAUACCGCAAGCGCUGAAGAAAACAGUUUAGAAACAACUCUUACAGAAAUAAAAGAGAUGAAUAAGCUACUUGAGAAUCUUAUAAGUACGACGGAUUUAACGGACAUGUGUGAUGACGGACGACAUGAUUUGGCAGAAGAACAAAUGAUAGAAGCUUUAUCCGCGAAAGUGGAAAGUGAUCACGAUGAUGUGAUGAAAAAAAUUAUCGAGAGCUGUUCCAACAUUUCCGCAGAUUUGCAACAACAUUCACUGAUCCGCGAAAAUUCGGAUCUCAAAAAAUCGAGUAGUGAAUACGAAAUGAGAAAAUCUCGAGCGUACGAAGUUUUCCCGCGUCGUGUCACGUCUGAGACUGCUAUAUCUAAAGAGGAUAUAUUAAAAACUAUCGAGGAAGCAAAAAAGAUAUUAACUGAUAAUCCAUAUUGCGACACGACGGAAACAAGCGCUAAUCAGACAACUGAAAUUUACGAUAAAGAUAAUACGCCAGAAAGAUCUGCGGAAGAAGUAAAAGAUGACGAAGAACAUGAAACCGUAAAUGAUAAAGAAAGAAAUUUCAUUGAAGAUGAUAAUAUUCAGAUAAAUUCCGCAAAUAUCGAAGCUGAGAGAAUCGUCGAAUUGGAGUCUGAUAUUGUUGAAAAAAAUUUAAAUAAAUUAAUUAAAAUCACAUGCUUACAGCGUCCCAAGUCGUUUACCGAGAUUCAGGAAACUUUGGAAAAGAUAGCUGAAGAAAAAAGAAAAAUAGAAGAUCGAAAGAAAGAAUCGCUAGAAACACUGUCGAAGAAAUUCGACGAGAUCGACAAGAUCGUCGCUGAUCACGACGUUUCUUGCGUAUCUGACGAUAUUUGUGAUUUCAAAAUUUUAAAGGAUGUCGCCGACGAUUCUGAUAGUCUUGAUGAAUUUCAAGGUGAUCUCGAAAAUUACGAGACUCCUCUAACAAAGUCGGAAAUUUGUGAAAAAUUAAAAAUCGAAGAAUUAGAGAAAAAGCUCACAGAUGAGAUAGAAGAACAUAAGAAACUAAUGAAUGAAUAUAAGAAAAUCAUUUCCACGGAUUUAGAAGAGAUUCAGAAAGCGACGCUGGAAUUGAAAUCAACGCAGGAUUGCAAUGACGAAGAUAUCUAUGAAGAAACCAAAAAUGAAUCCACAGAUGAAGAAAAGAUAGAUGAUGAAGAUUCAAAUGAAAUAUCUGAAAUAAUAGCUGAUACAACGGAGAUUAAAAUCGAUUCGGAAUUUGAUGAUUUCUUUUCUGAUGAUUUCAAGAAGCCGGAAGAGAUUUAUAUCAAAGGGAAAGUUUAUGAUUUCGAUGAGAAAAAACAUGGUGUUAGAAUGACGGAGGAGCUUAUCAGAAAACACUGCAAGGAGCACAAACUCUAUCAAACUCCGUAUUUAAACGACGUUUUGUAUUUGCAUUAUAAAGGAUUUUCCUUCAUUGAGAACCUCGAAAAGUAUACGGGCCUAAAGUGUCUAUGGUUGGAGAGCAACGGUAUCCUCGAAAUCGCCAAUUUGGAAAACCAGAGAGAACUGAAGUGCCUGUACCUACAUCACAAUCUCAUCAACAAGAUCGAGAAUCUUGACUGCCUGACGAAGCUCGACACCCUCAAUCUCUCGCACAACACGAUACGGAGGAUCGAGAAUCUCGGUGACUCGAGUCGAAGCCGAGUAUUAUCCCAGAUGACCUUGACCUUGACGUGCCUCUGCUUUUCAGGCAGCCUCAAGUUCCUGAACAACCUGAACCUGUCGCACAACUAUCUGCGAGAAACCGCUGACAUCGAGCAUCUUCGUCUGCUGCACGCGCUCUCAAUCCUGGAUAUCUCGCACAACAGGAUCGACACCUGCGACAUCGUUGACAUUCUGGGAGACAUGAAGUCGUUGCGCGUCGUAACGCUGACUGGCAAUCCGGUGCUAAAGCAGAUAAAGAUGUACCGCAAGACCAUGAUCCUGAAGUGCAAGACUCUCCAGUACCUGGACGAUCGGCCGGUAUUCCCGCGCGAUCGUGCCUGCGCCGAGGCCUGGAUGCGCGGUGGCGUGGACGAAGAGAUGGCCGAGAGGAAUCGGUGGAUCCAGGCCGAGCAGAAGAGGAUCAACGACAGUGUCACGGCCCUGAUAAACAAAAGGAAGCUGCGCAAACCGGUCGAGACGUCCGAAAAGGAGGCGGCGGAUAAGAAGAAGGAGGAGGAGGAGGAGGAGGCGAAACAGGACGAAGAAAUCGCCACAAAGUCAGGCGCGCGCACCGCAAUGAGGAGCAGCGGACUGCUCCACCUGGAGAGGAAGAAAAAGUCCGAGGAGCGAUCCUCCCUCGGUUCCUACGCCUCAUCGUCGUCGUCUUCGUCGUCGUCGGACGACGAGCCCGCGAGCGACGAAGAAAACAAACGCGCACGGCAAAAAGGAGGCGAGGAAAGUGACGGCAAGAGGCCAAUGGCGGAGGAAGAGAGAAAAGUCUUCGAUGAAAACAACGAAAAGCUUCUGCUGCCCUGGAAAGCCAAGACCCGAAAUGAAGUUCAACCGCGAAUGCUGAUCGAAGAAAUAUCGGAGUCCGAGCAAUACAUCCCCGACAAUGCGGAGAGAAAAUCGCUUAAAAAACUAACUUCAGAUAACUAUAAGAAUGUACACAAUUCACCCGAUGAUUGUGUUGACGAUAGCGAGAUUGCCGAUUACGAGACAAUAGAAAAAAGAAAAGCAAAUUCGCAAGAAUCAAUCGAUGAUAAUAAUAAAAUAAACGGUUGCAAAAACGAGAAGGCAUCUUACACUUGUUCCAUAUCGUGUGACACAUCGGACCUAAGACAAGUGUUAGAAACUCAGAAACCCACAAAUACAGUUAGCAGCGUGAGAGACAAUGUGUCGAGGAAAAAUAUCAACAGCUAUCAAAAGAAAAGCAAAGAGUAUCCGUUUGGUUCUAAACUUAGCAGCAUUCGAGAAGAGAUGAAAGAAUUCUGCGACAGUAUGAAUAGGUUUGUUGACGAAAACAAGAUAGUAUUCAAGAACGGCGAGGUGGAAGGAUUCUGGAGCGGGAGACAGAUGGUGGAUGAGAAUCUGCAAACUGAUUUCGUUAAUGAUAGCCAGAUCCAAGAAACCGAGAGCGAGAUUUCCGCGAACAAGGAAGAUAAAUUGCGAUGGUCGUGUACUAAGGAGAGAAAACUGAAGGUCAAGGAGAUUAAAAAACAAGAGGACAGAGCAGCGGAAAAUAAAGUGGAGACUGACCAACUCUUUACCGAAUUAAAAUAUCAGAAAAAUGUCCAAAAAAUGUGUGAAUCGAUCAUUUCUAACGAUUUAAUACCUCUCGAGAAGAUGUCGGUUUCCGAACAAUCAGAAAAGAAAAGUAUUUCUAAUAUUAUCAAUGUGAUAGAUUCUGAUUUUGACGAGCAAUUCGACAAUAUUGUGGAAGCAGAUGACAAGUCUGCAAAAUUCGAAAUUUUAGGAGACAAGUUUAACAAUCUUCUGUACGAAUCUGCCGAAGAAAAGAAAAACGUUGACGAAUCCGACGAUGACUCUUAUAAGACAGCAACGUCUCUCCAAGAAGAUUUGCAAAUUUUAGAAAAUAACCAAGAAUCACCAGAAAUUUUUAUUUUUUCGAAUAAAAAAAAUAAUUGUAAUAAAACUGUCGAUUUAAUUAAAAAUGAAAACAUUGACGAUCUAAUAAGUUGCAAGAAAACAAUUUUAGAUGAAGAGCAGAAUGACAUAAUUUGCGAGGAUAAAAAGACCGAUAAUAAAGUAAAAAAAUCUUCUAUUAAAAUAGAAAUGUCAAACAGCAAGCGAGAAUUAUCAGCUGUAAUCGAAAAAUCGAAUUCUCAGAUCGAAUCGCUCGUCCAAACGAUGGAUCGCUUGUCUCUAGAAGGAACGGGUCUGUCUUCAAGAUUGAUCGGUAAAAGAACACGCGAAGCUGAAGAUGUCGAAGUCAGUAACAAGAAAUCUUUCCUCAUCGAAGAAAUGAAUCCCGGAAGAAAGUCGGAGGAACGCAAACCUCGCAGUCAGAUCUCCGAAAGAUGUAGACAGCAUCUGAUACAGGAGACAAAAAAAUUCACGAAGAAAGCGUCGCCGUUAAUUGACAAAUGCAUAACAAAUCUGAUGAAAAACGCGGAAAACACAGACGAAUUAUCGCAAUAUCGUAAAUAUGAUCGCAGAAGUCUCGGAGAAUAUCUGCCAUCCAAUUUCACUUCGAAAAUGAAUGUUAAUACACCUGCGGGCGAUUCUGGAGAACGAAAUAAUGAUUGCAAUAAAUACAGCAACAAAUCUAACGAUAUGACAAGUGAACAUUCUGCAAAACAAGAAUUUAUGGCGCAACAAACAAUAGAUUUGGAAUCUAUCACAUCAACUAAUGCUUCUGAUAUUCAAUUACUUGCCAAUCUUUUACGGCAGCCCGAAGGCAGUUAUAAAUCAAAAUCACCGGCUGCGAAUGCUGAUGUAUCGCUUUACAAAGAAUUUUGCAAUCAUUUGCACGAAUUAGAAAGCACAAAGAAAUUGCUAAUUAAGCCAAAUCUCGUAAUGGAUAAUCAAGAAUCAAAAGAAGAAUUAUCUGACCAUAAAUUAUUACAAACAACUGAGCGAUCAGUACAGAAAUCAGUCAAACCAUUUAUUGAGGUGAUUUCUGCAAGUGCUGCGUCUAAGAAAUCUGAGCAAAAUUUGGGACAAAUUGAAAAAAAAUCGUAUAGUUUUCAAAAUAUUUCAGAUUAUCAUCAAACAGAAGCUGCCUUCCAAAGAUUAUCCGAGGAGAUGACUUCUGAUGAGACUUCUGAUGAUCCUGAAAAGCAUAUUAAUCAAGAAGAUGUAGUUAAUUUGAAAAAGGGAACAACAAUCGAAAUAUUUUCAGCCUCAGAUACAUUAGAAAAUAUAGAAUGCGAAAAAAAAUGUGUUUCACCAAACAAGAAACAUGAAACUGCUACGAGAAAUAUGAAAAAGAGUAUAGAGAUGCAAGUAGCGCAGCAGAAGUAGAAUAAAUCAUAGAUUCACUGGAUUAUUUUCAAAGCAAAAAUCUCAUAAUCAAUCUACGUAACGUACGUUGAUCGAACAAAUUGUAAAACUGGCGGAAACAAACAUUAUUUUGUUUUUAGGGAAGCAAGAAGUUUUACGCCAUUGAAGAUUAUGUUGUAGAUGAUAAAGCGUUCGUUAUAGUUUAAGUUCGCAGAAUGUUCAUUUUCCUCUCGCUCUUCUAUUUGAAAUAAAUGUGGU